CGUACUUAGAUUUAUAUUCAUAUUGACAUUUGCAGUGGUGACUGGUUAACUGUCAAUGUCAGUACUGUAAAAUGAAGCACAUAAAUUUAUUCAAAACAUAAUUUUCAUGGUGUAUAGAGACAAGUGAUAGCAGAAACAUAUAGAGUGGUCCGGUAAUGUAUCAACGGGUACACGAGAGCUCUUAAGACAGCAUAUCGAAGCCAUGGAUAAUAUAAUAUCAUGGACAGCGGAGGACGAGGCCAUAAUCGCGACUAACACAGACGCUACAGAAUGCAAGCGGUGCGCGGUUGAGUUAGGCUACUGGAAGGAUGACUACAUAACAUAUUUCGCAAAACAUGUGGAUAGAAAGGCACCCGAGAUCAACCGAGGGUACUAUGCGCGUGUCAGAGCUAUGGAGAUGUUUAUCCAUCAGUUUUGGAGAAAUUUAAAUAUAUGAUUGCAGAGAUGUGACACAAAAUGUCAAAUUAUCAAUUUGGGCUGCGGUUUUGACACACUGUACUGGAGGUUGAAGGAUAGCACCCAGGCUGUGGGAAACUUUGUCGAGUUAGAUUUCCAAGCGGUUACCAGCAAGAAGUCUCAUAUCAUCAAACGCAACAAGCAGCUGCUUGAGAAAAUAAGCAAUGAAGAUGGCGAGGUGAUGAUUCGCGAGGGCGACCUGCACUCGGAUGGAUACCACCUAGUGAGCUGUGACCUACGCUGCCUGGGCGAGGUACGGCGCAAGUUGGUCGGCGCCGGUGUUUCUUGCCGGAUGCUCCCCACACUCCUCGUACUAGCCGAGUGUGUGCUGGUAUACUUGCGGCCCGACGCGGCUCACGCCCUCUUGCGUCACUUGUCGUCUACGUUCCCGCGGUGCGCUCUGCUGGUGUACGAGCAGUGCAACCUGGGCGACAAGUUCGGCGAGGUGAUGGUGCGCAACCUGAGUGCACGCGGAUGCGCGCUGGCCGGCGAGGGGUACUGCCGCGAGCCAGCGGCGCAGGCGCAGCGCAUGCUGUCGCUGGGGUUCCAGGCGGCGCGCUCGUGGGACAUGCACACGGUGUGGCGCGCGCUGCCCGAGGAGGACCGCGCGCGCGUGGAGGCGCUGGAGAUGCUGGACGAGCGCGAGCUGCUGCUGCAGCUGAACUCGCACUACGCGCUGACGGUGGCCACGCGCGGCGACAUCUUCGCGGACAUGGACCUCAAUGCGUAAACACGACCCGCUGUGAUUUUGCUUUCCGUUCGCCAUUGAAACGCAGAAUAUCCGUGUGUAGAUACUGUCGAGGAGGUUGAAAUUAUUUUCGUAGUUAUAAUAAAAUACGUAUUUUUCAAUUUUCGCCUUCGCGUAUCAUGUGGACGUUUAUAAAAACGUAUAAUAUUGCGCGUUUGUCAUAUUAGCCCCUAGAUUUAAUGAGUAUCCACUAAUAAUAACAUAAUUUUCUAUUACGCAGUUGAUAAGUGAUCAAUGAUCUGUAGUUUGCUUCGUUUCCACACAUCUCCGCCCAACGCCCACUGCCGCGCUGGUAUAAGUGAUUGGUACAUAUCCAGAAUAAUUAAUUUACAACAAUUUUGUAUUAAAGUACAGAGAUUUUAAAGGCCAGCACUUGCCUAAAAUUAUCCGCUCCUGCUCUACAUGUUAAGAUGGAUUAAAACAGUGAAAUACUAACAGAUUUUUAUUAUUAUUUGAGAUACGAGCUUGUUAUGUUUUGUGAAUAUUGUUUAAAAAAUAAGAUUUUGUUUGGCCUGUCUGUUGAUGUAUAAAAUAUGUUAAACUGGCAACCCCAAAACUCGUAAGCUAAUAUAUUUAUAUCGGUAAAUUUUAAGUCGACGUCGCGUCAUCGUUACGAGUCAGCACUGUGCUAUAUUUAAUAAUUUCGUUAGAUAUUUGCGUUCGUAUUGAUAAAACGUAUUAAUGGAAGUAUGUAUUUGUAAUAUUGAGCACGUUCUGUCGCCAUUUAACUCGUGCGAGUGCGGCACGCAGAGCGACUACCAACGCCAGCUCUCAUCCGACAACUCAUUCGUUCGGAUGUCUAUAAUUAGUCUAUUUUAUCAUUAUUACAUACAUAAGUGUUAAAUAUUUAUUUAUGGAAUAAACGCUGUAUCGAGUAAA